CAUGCUCAGUGCAGAGCCUGAUAUGGGGCUCGAUCCCAUGACCAUGAAAUCAUGACCUGAGCUGAAAUCAAAGGUCAGAUGCUUAAUUGACUGAGCCAGCCAUCACCCCAAUAUGGUACCUGGUCUUGAGGAGCUUAAUACAUGUGUAAUUAGAGUUGUAAGCACACUUAUAAUUUGGAGAUUUAUAUGAAUCAGAAAAGGAAUAAUAGUGGAACCCUUGUCAGAAUUGUGUGAGGAAAUAGAAGUGCAGCUAUGUGAUAGUUGAAAUGUCAGGAGGAAGAAGAUAUGAUAUUCAGAUAGUUAAUGGCUUUGUGCACUGCCUGUCUGGUCUUUAUCCCAGCUGAUGAGGCAAAUCACCUCUGUUUCUUCUAUAUUAAACAGUUUUAAAGGAAAAGCAAAAUAAAAUGACAAAAAAAAUGAAGGGUCUAUUAUGUUCCAGGAAUCUUGGGUAGAAAGAUGAAAAAGUGUAGUAGGGUCCAGUCCUCAAGACUCCAUGGUUUAGUCUAAAAGACAAACGUGAUUCAGCUCAUUAUGAUAUAAUGUGUUUCUUUAGGGUAUGAAUGAAGUAUAGCCUCCCGUUCAAUUGUCAUUGUUAUUUUGACUGAUCUGUGCCAUUUUCCUGGGUGGUUUGGUUCUCGGGGUCUGCAGGUUCUGUAGCUGGCCACUUUGAACAUGUGCUAGAGUGAUGGCACGGAGGCAGUGGCAGAAGCAGGUGGAGUCUGUGGCAAUGCUCCUGGGUCCUCAGGGCCUUCAUGAAGUGUGUAAGAGACCUAGCAGUGUAUGUGUAUCCUGGUAAGGGGACCUAUCGAGGUCUGAGGAAGUCUAUGAGUACAGGAAUUUCAAGAUGAGAGGACCAUUGUAUAAAGAUGGGAGCUGGCACAUACCUAUCACUGUUCCAUUCAGCACCACUGCUACAACUACCACCAGAAAGAACACUCCCGCCCAGGACUGGUUGUAACUUACUGGUUACCACUCUGGGAGUCCUCAGUCCCCCUAGAUCUGAAUCCAGGGAAGACCCCGGAAACUUUGUGUAGAUAUGAGGGCCACCUCUCUUCUUCUCUGCCUUGGGAUAGUUGGAGGAUUCUAUCCUUCAGGCAGUCAGAUACCAUCUGGAAGAAAAUCAGGACGGGGGAAAGAAAUCUAAAAGACUGAGCAUUUAUCUGAGCCAUCCAAAAGAGACAUCUCUAUAAUAUUACUUAAAAAGGCUGUUUAGGGGCACCUGGGUGGCAUCCAACUCUUAAUUUUGGCUCAGGUCAUAAUAUCGUGGUUCGUGAGAUCGAGCCCUGUGUGGGGCUCUGCGCUGACAGCAUGGAAGUCUGCUUGGGAUUCGCUGUCUCCUUCUCUGUUGCCUCUCCCCCACUUGUGUUGUUUCUCUGUCAAAAUAAAUAAAUAAACAUUAAAAAAAUAUUAUUUAUUAUUGUUCCCCAACCCCUGCCACCCAUCUAGUUUUGGGGUGGGUUGGUGGGGUAGGAAGUAGUAAGAAGAGCGUAUCAGCUUGAAAGAAAAUAGACUUUGCUUUUAUGCACAUGCUUCUUUGUUCACAAAGGAAUGUAAAUUUACUUAUUGCUAUCCUCUUGCUAACAUUUGGUUUAGAUACAUGGCCAGUCCUGCAGAAUCUGGGGUCCUCAUCUGGCCAGAUGUGCCAGUCUUGAGCUCUGUCCUAGUUUUUAACUUAAGCUCAUGUACCAACAUGGCAGCAAAUGUGUAAGCAAUUGCAAGAACCGUACUACUGUGGUUUAUUGAAUCUCGAUAAAUGAUCUUUUCUCUUAAGAAAAGCCUCUUUAUUCACUUGAUCACUUAGAGUGCUUUUUUUAAAUACUUGGAUUUUGGCAGGCAUUUCGGUAUUGAGGUGCCCGCAGUGAACUGAAUGUGGUUAAACAGCUUGGAACACGGGGGUUGAACAGGCUCUGGGCACACGUGCCACAGUGUGGUAAGCCAACAUCAGCUCUGAUGAGCUUCAGUUCUGCUGUCGCUGCCACUUCUGGAUCCCUCUUUCAGGCAACACAUUUCUUCUGAUUUGAAGCUGUCACAAGUUUCCAGUCUGGAUGUCAAAUUUCCAUUAAGAUUGUAUCUGCCAUUGUUGGGUACCCACCCGUGUGCCAUUCAUUACCUGAGUGCUUUAUUAUAUUUACUCAUCAAUUCUAAGACAAGCCUGUGAGAUCGAUGAGUAUUCUCCCUAUUUCCAAGUAAGGAAAUUGUGCAGUUGUAGAAUAGAAUGAAUUUCAGUACCUUGAGUUAAGUGCCUGGAAGAUUAAGGCAAUAUGUAAAGUGCCUACUACUGUGCCAGGCUCAGACAGUCAAUAAGUGGAUUACAGUUUUUCCUUUAAGCUCCGUUUGACUUUGUGAUGAUUUUUGUCUCCAUUCUAGCACCUGAUUGGAGAAGACUUUGGGAAGCAUGUAUAUGAUCUGUGAGCAGGGCUUGAAAAGAUCUUUGGAACCCUAAGCAUGAAAAGAUCAUGGUGCCCCCUCCUGUGAAACUCAGAAUGGGACACUAAACUAUAAAGUAAGAGUAAGCGAGUCCAGCACAGCUGUUUUUCCCUUUAAGAGGACCACUUUAGUCUUUGUUCUGAAAUAUCAAAUAUCAGUCUUUUUUUUUUUUAAUUUUAAAAUGUUUAUUUACUUACAGAGAGAGACAGACAGAGCACAAGCAGGGGAGGAGCAGAGAGAGAGGGAGGCACAGAAUCUGAAGCAGACUCCAGGCUCUGAGCUGUCAGCACAGAGUGCAGUGUGGGACUCAAACCUGUGAACUGUGAGAACAUGACCUGAACUGAAGUCAGAUGCCCAACUGACUGAGCCAUCCAAAAUAUCAGCCAGUCUUAAAAAUGUUUACCCCUUCUCUCUCUUCCUCCGCCACCUUCUUCUUGUCUAGUACUAGUCCUUCAACAUACAUUAUAUAAUUAAUAUUUACCACAGCGGUCCAUUGUUUCCAUUUUAUAAACAAGGAAACUGGCGUUCAGAAACGUGAAAUAAGGUACAGCUCAUGUCCUUUGGUUUCUAAAAUCGACAUUCUCCCUGCUUCAGGAAAAGAACAAGAAAAUACUGUUGUUUCACCUUGAAAUCCUCCUUCCUCCUCUUUUUUUCUGAGCCUGGGAAAUAAUGCUUAUGCUUUUGGAUGCAGGUUGGAUGUCACCUCCCACACGGUCUCCCCAAGUUGGCUUCUUCCUCUCCUGUCUCCAUAGAACAUUGUUCAGACUUGAGCCCACACCUGUUUACUGUGACCCAUACACUCACCUCUUGCUUAAUCCUGCUGUUCCUUCCUUAUCCCUUGCACUAUGCCUGGGACACAGCCAGUGCCUAAUAUGUGUUUGUUUCAUAAAUAGUAGGUGACAAUUUUACAGUUCAGGCUACAAGGACACCUGGAGUUCAGAGAGACUUUAUGGAACAGGUAGGAAGUCACAGAGUCUCUCAGCAUCUGGAUAGGAUUUAGACUGGCACAGCAGAGGCCUGGCUUGCUGGGCUGUGGGGGAAGGGGUGGGGUGCGGAACCACAGCAGAAGUGGCCGUUUGGAAAGGAGCAUUGCUAGCUGCUGCUGGGAAGUAAUGUGAGUUAAAUUUGGAUGCCAUGUUUAUUAUUUCAGCUCUUUGAAAACUGCCCCUAAUGAUAUCUCUUUUCUUUUGUUUUUUCAAAAUUAAUUAUCUUUUUGUAGCUAUGGUAACUCAUUUGAAGCUCUAUUAUGCAUGUAAUCUGUACACAUUGAACUAUGUGCUUCAGCGUUCUAAACAUUUUCCUGCAUAGUCAAUAAUUCUAUAUUUGUAAUGUUCUCUUCCUUCUGGUGAAAAUUGGCUAUUCCCUUUAGAUUUCUGAAGAUGAUUUUAAAAAGAAUUAGGAAUGACAGCUUUACUAAUAAAUUACCAUAAAUGGCCAUCAAUCUUUGUUCCUAACGUUCAUGCCAUUAUUUGCUUAUACUAACAUAUUUCUGAGCAGCUUUUACUUUGAGAAGCUUUGAACCCAUGACACAUAGCACCCUGGUUUCCCUGAUCUCUCUGGCCUGAGGGCCCCUAUCCAUCACUGCUAUGAGGUCCUCACCCUCCCGCCUCUUUCUCGGACUUCUGCAGUCCCGUGGGACACUCUGUGCCUCCUGCCUGACUCUGGUCCAGCCACCUACACCUCUGUGUUUAUGUCUGCUCUUCCCCCUGCUUCUGCUCAUCCUGUUGCAAACCUUCCUGGCCUGACCUUUCUGCCUGGUCUCAGAUAGCUGUCUUUUAUGUCCUCCUGUCUCUCUCAGAGAAGUUGAGCACCUGUACCCCAGCUCACUUAGGUAGACUAGGUUCCGUGUUUUCUUCUCUUUGGUCAGUGUGUUGUUUAACCUUGGAAUCUUUUUCUUCAUCUGGAAAGAGAGGCCUACAUCCCUCUGCAACGAGUGGCUGGACUGGAUGAAGAGAUGUCCUGAAUGCCUGGUGUUGCAGCUUCCCUGGAAGUCUCUGAGAGCCCUGGGAGUAUCCAAGUGGCCCGGGGCCAGACGGCAGUCCUGCCCUGUACUUUUACUACCAGCGCUGCCCUCAUUAACCUCAAUGUCAUUUGGAUGGUCAUUCCUCUCUCCAAUGCUAAUCAACCUGAGCAGGUCAUUCUGUACCAGGGUGGACAGAUGUUCGAUGGUGCCCCCCGGUUCCAUGGUAGGGUAGGAUUUACAGGCACUAUGCCGGCCACCAACGUCUCUAUCUUCAUUAAUAACACUCAGCUGUCAGAUACAGGCACCUACCAGUGUUUGGUCAACAACCUUCCAGAUAGAGGGGGCAGAAACAUUGGGGUCACCGGUCUCACAGUUUUAGUUCCCCCUUCUGCCCCACACUGCCAAAUCCAAGGAUCCCAGGAUAUCGGCAGCGAUGUCAUCCUGCUCUGUAGCUCAGAGGAAGGCAUCCCUCGGCCAACUUACCUUUGGGAGAAGUUAGACAAUACCCUCAAACUACCUCCAACAGCCACUCAGGACCAGGUCCAGGGGACAGUCACCAUCCGGAACAUCAGUGCUCUGUCUUCAGGCUUGUACCAGUGCGUGGCUUCUAAUGCCAUUGGAACCAGCACCUGCCUUUUGGAUCUCCAGGUUAUUUCACCCCAGCCCAGGAGCAUUGGACUAAUAGCUGGAGCCAUUGGCACUGGUGCAGUUAUUAUCAUUUUUUGCAUUGCACUAAUUUUAGGGGCAUUCUUUUACUGGAGAAGCAAAAACAAAGAGGAGGAGGAAGAAGAAAUUCCUAAUGAAAUAAGAGAGGAUGAUCUUCCACCUAAAUGUUCUUCUUCUGCCAAAGCAUUUCACACCGAGAUAUCCUCCUCGGAGAACAACACAUUGACCUCUUCCAAUACGUACAACAGUCGAUACUGGAGCAACAAUCCAAAAGUUCACAGAAACACCGAGUCACUCAACCACUUCAGCGACUUGCUCCACUCAGGCAAUGCCAAUAUACCGUCCGUCUAUGCUAAUGGGAACCACCUGGUCCCAGCUCCACAUAAGACUCUAGUAGUGACAGCCAACAGAGGGUCAUCCCCACAGGUUGUGUCCAGGAGCAACGGCUCAGUCAGCAGGAAACCUCGGCCUCAACACACACACUCGUACACCGUCAGCCAAGCAACACUGGAGCGAAUUGGUGCUGUCCCUGUCAUGGUGCCAGCCCAGAGUCGGGCCGGGUCCCUGGUAUAGGACCUGAGUGGAUAAAGUAUUCAGAAAAGAAUCAGUGGAAUGCCCCAAGCAGGGGGAGGGUGGGGUGAGCAAGUUCUGGGAAAGAAACACUUUUCCUUGUAAGGAUACUAGUAAAAAGCACAAAGGAAAAGGCAGUGCCGUUACCUGGCCAGUGAGUUUUGUGGAAUGAACUGGGAUUCUCCAUCUUGAAGACUUGUUUCCCCACCACAGAUGUCCUAGGAUUCUGUCCAAAAAACUGGAUCUCAAAGAUGUGCCAAGCCAAGGAAAAAGUUAUAAGAGCAGAAUAGCCCUUAAAACCCAAACUGCAGUCCAGAUGGGCUUGUCCUUUAAUUCAUGCCUAACUUAAUAAUUUUUCAAGAGACUAAAGUGCCAGCUGAAGUUUAAAUGAUGAAAUUAUUUAAAAAUAUAGUUGUCUUUAGAAAAAAUAAUGAGCAACCCUGAUAUCAUUACCAUUCCCUCUUUAUCUAGAGGGCUUAAUGGCACAAAUAGUUAAUACUGGUCCCAACAGGGCUGGCUCUUGUAUCAUAGAAUAAAAGCUUUUGACACAAAAUUCAGUAAGAAAAGGGGGAAAACAAAAGCAACUUCUCUGAGAAGCCCCUUCAUAUUUAUUUAUUUAUCCCUUCCUGAACCAUGAAUUUCAUAUUUGGAAUAUUGCUGUAUUGACAGAUUGUUGCCUGUCUGUUUUUCUAGGGUCUGUUCCAGGUCCAUGACAAUUACUGUUCAUUAUUUCCUGGAAGAAUAUUUUUUUAAAAGAAAACUAUUUUUUUUAAGAGACAUGAGAGGCAUAGGGCUAGGAAAGAAAAGACUACUGUUUAUAGCACAUUCAGUGAUUAGGUUUGUUGAGAGUUUCGGGAGGCCCCUCACAAGGGAGAGCGACCUGGGCUGUGUCCGAGGGACUUGCGCAUCCCUGGCAGGCUCAGAGCAGGGCUGUCCAGGGUUCCCUGCUUUCACACUAGGUUACUCUUAAUGAGGGCAGCACCUGAUGCCUUUUGCAUCCAGGUAGAUAAUGUUCUCCUUGUUUGACAAGUCGAGGUUAGCAGGUUUGUACAGGGAGGUCAGGAGUUGUUCUGUUGUUGUUGUUUUCAAAAUAAUUAUUUUUGAAAAAGAGAGAAGAUUGAGACAAAAGGGAUGCCUUCAGGUAUGCUCCUGGGAGGGUCUGCCCUAUAUUUGUCACAGCUCAGGGUUGUAGUUUUGCCCAAAUGCGUUUUAUGCCACUGUAAAGAGACUCCUUCUGUGAUUAAUUACCUGGCUUGGCUGGCCUUGGAGUUCACCAGAUAAUUUACAGACUCCCCACUGUUUUUCGCUGUGUGGAUCUGGGCAUACUUGUAUCGGGGACUAUCUUGCCUUAAUCACACUUUAAGCAACACAGAAAUGAUUUGUUCGAGAAUCGUUCUCUGAAUUAUUUAUGAGGCCGACCUCGUGGUUCCAUAAGAGCAUCAUUUCUUUCCCAAUGUUGUCUCGCACUCCCUCUUUGCACUAUGCCUUUUGCCCUCUUUUCCUGCAGCAUAGUCGUCACAGGGAGUGGCUUCCUGAUUUUCAGACCUACUUGGAGAAAUGGAAGCCAGCCACUGCUGCACACACUGUUUUCUGGGAGGGCUACACUCAGAACCUAACCAUUGUAGCCAUUUCAAUAUUGAUGAAAUGCUGAAUUUACAUUAGCAUUACUUAUUUUCUCCAUGUGAUGGUUCUUGACUUUGUAAAAAAUUAAAUAAAUGAAUGUCUAUACUUUUUCUAAAGAAGAGUGAAAAUACCAUGACAGAAAAGGUACUAUCAGAUGUUGUUUAGAAAGCAUUUAUCUUGCAUUUCUUUAUUCUUUCUAAUGAUCUAAAAUUCAAUAAAAGUUUAUUCAUAUAAAAACAAGUUGUCAUUAAUUAUCACACAUUAAUGAAUAUACGAUCUUAUAUGUAGUGUUCUUUACAAGAAUUUUCUAUUCUGUUCAGUAGUGUUCAUAAUAAUUUUAAUGAGCAUACAGUACUCUAGAAAUUACUUUACCUUACUUAUUAGAGAUUUGAGUCCAGUUCUCCCGUGUAUGACUGAAAAUGCAAUGCCCCUUUCAUACAUUGCACUAUUUUUCUAUUUCCCAGUAUGAAGUUCAUGAAGACAAGGUCCAUGACUGCUUUUUUCACUCUGAAUCUCUGUCACCUAGCACAGUGCCUAAUAAUAGGUAUUGUGUAGAUAAAUGACUGAUGGCUUGUAAACUGAAGUUGUCAAGUUUCAGUUCAGAAAGUUAUGAUCUCCAUGUAUACUGGAUCAUUCCUUUGUUGUAACUUUUUAUUUUGAGAUCAUUUAUAUAUUUACAUGCUGUUACAAGAAAUAAUAGAGACUCCUAAUAUACCCUUCAUCUAAUUUUUCCAAAUGGUGACAUCUUGCAUAACUGUUAUACAGUAUCACAAAUUGACAUGGAUACAGUCGAUCAACCUUUUUCAUAUUUCAACAGUUGUACAUGCACUCAUGUAUGUGUGGCGCAUGCGUUUAGUUACCUGCAGUUUUAUCACGUGUAGAUUUAUGUGACCGCCACCACAAUCAAGAUAGAGGAUCCCUUGUGUUACCCUUUUAUAGUCUUGGCCACCUCCCUCCUCCCCAAGUCCCUAAUCUCUGAUUUGUUACCCAUGUCUAUAGUUUUCUUCAAGAAUGAUAUAUAAAUGGAAUAAUGUAGUAUGUAACAUUUGAGAAUUAGCUUUUUAUUGCUCAGCAUAACUCUUGAGAUCCAUCCAAGCUGUUGCAUGUAUCAAUGGUUCAUUCCUUUUUAUGGCUGAGUAGUAUUCCAUGGUACAGAUAAUAUCAAUAUGUUAAAUUAUUUACCUAUUGAAGGGUAUGAAGGAUAUUUGAGUUGUUUCCAUUUUUGGCUAUUACAAAUAAAACUGCUGUGAGCAUUUUUGCAAGCUU